AUGGAGAUCCAGGACAGGAAAAUUAACCUUCAGAUCCGGCUGUCAGUGUUUCAACAGAGCAUCAAACCAACAAAACCAGACCAAGAAUUCCGGGAUGUCAUAGCUGAUUUAUUAAGAGAUCUGAGGACUCUGGCGACUCAGAUGAAGAAAGCUCAAGGGCAUGUAACACAGGAGGCGAUCGGAAAGCCAGCCAAUCACCCUCAGGACACAGACAAAUCUGGGUAUCCUUACGAAGCAUCGAAGUCUACUGUACGAACAUACGGAGUUCACGACCCUAAUGCCAGCAUAGGGCCCCACUUCAUCCCUGCCCCGACGCCGUCUCGUGGGUUUCCGAUGCGAAUGAUCACAGACUACCAACCUCGCUACGCCGGAUGGCGAAUCCAAAAAGGUCCAAACACUACCAAUCCCGGACCUAAACCGGCGACAGAUUCUUGGAAAAGCCCGACUAUUACGCAGUUGUUCCUUUCAAAUGAAGAGCUUUACCUAGAAACCAGGUUCAUGGACGCCCGUCGUGUCGGCGGCUCAAGCAAACGCUCGUUUCUACAAGAUAUCCUCGAUAAGCUCUCAUCCGAAGACAAGCGUUUUGCAAUUACCGAGCUUGUCAGAAAACAAAAUUGGUCGUUGCAAAGCUGGGAACCUGACCUGGAAUGGCGAAUGGCAGGUCUGCGGGUUCGUACGAGGGCAACCGAGUUGAAAAUACCGCCGCCUACCGGAUGGCCUCCACCACAUCGUGGUAGUACCAAUCCGGGGAUGAUAAGACCACCAGGGCAAGCAUCGCAAGCUCCCGGGAGUUUUCUAGUGACUCCGGCAGCAAACAUUAUGUCUUCACAAGCAAACCAAAGAAAGCGGCACUCACAGUCGCUGCCACAUGAUAUUCAUGCCAAUUAUGUCUCGGACAGCCGCCGCCCGGGACACCCAAGCCAGAAUUCACCGCAACAAGACUACUCUCAUGACACUGGGCACCCUGUGCCUUCAAUUCCAGCCGAAAAUACACCUGGCAAUCCUCGCCCUAGUAGCAUCAGCCAGAGGAUGAUGAGAAAUCAAACAAAACGUAAAGAUACGCGUAAAGAGAUCCGAUCUCCAUUUGUCGUGGAAUUCCAACAUCCGAAGCAAAAUUGGAGGGUUCGCGUUAGAGAAUAUGGACGAUCAGGGCCUCAUGAGCAGGAGAUGAUGGCGGCAGAAGAGGACCAGAUUAUUGAUGAGAUGUUGUCGGAAUGGCAGGAGGCUAUGUCACCUGAAAAUGUGUAG